AUGGACUACGAUAUGAACGACGUGCAGUAUUCGCUGAUCCUCAGCAACGAGAUAGCGACGGUGGCCACCGCCCUGCGCCAGAACUCUAAGUGGGCCUUCGUGGCGUCGCGCUACAGCGACGAGGAGCAGCUGGACGACCCGCUGCUGGAGGAGUUCCUGUCGCUGCGGCAGAAGGUGAUGUACUGGGGCAACUGGGCGCUGGUGGACCCCCUGGAGUACCUGUCGCCCUUCCUGGAGGCGAUCAGGAGCCAGGAGGUCAGCGGGCCCAUCACCAGCGUGGCGCUGUCCUCCCUCAUGAAGCUCCUCGCCUCCAACGUCAUCAGCCCGGGCACCACCAACUCCGCGGAGGCCAUUCGAAGGAUCGUGUCCUCCGUGCGGGAGUGCAGGUUUGAAGGCACCGGGUCUUCCGCGGACGAGGCCGUGCUGCUGCGCAUCCUGCAGGUGCUGGUGGCGGCCGUGCGCAGCGACGUGGGCACCCUCCUAGCCGCGCGCGACGUCCAGGACAUCUUCCUGACCAUGAUCCAAUGGUGCGAGGUGGGGGAGGGCAGCCCGGGGAGCGAGGUGUCCGGCGUCUUCACGCAGUCCUCGCGGCAGCUGCUGGGCGAGAUGGUGGGCGCGCUGUUCGCGCGCCUGCGCAUCAGCCGCAUGAACGAGCUGGGAGGCAGCGAGGGCUGCCGGCCGCGGGGCAAGGGCUCGCCAAUGUCGCGCUCCAGGUCCGCCAACAGCGACGCGUCCAAGGGGAACAGGUCCGUGUCGGGCCACUCGGCGUCCAAGUCCGACGUCAGCGCGGGAUCGGCGUCCGCCUCGCCGCCGCUGCUGAUGUUCGGGAUCGAGCCCUUCUGGGAGAUCUUUAGGUACCUGAUUUCGCUGGCCAGCACAGAGUCCAGGGGGCCGGGCGCGGACGACGUGGUGCUGUUCGCGCUGCAGCUCAUCCACACGUCCAUCGUCAGCGGCGGGGAGGCGCUGGCGGACCACAGGGGGUUGCAGUGCAUUAUGCGCCAGCACCUGUUCAUGGCCCUCACUCGGGCACUCAGCCGCGGCCACCAGUCCAUCCAGUCGGCGGUUUUCCAGGUGGUGCUGGCGAUGUACAAGCUGUUUGGAGACCGCAUCCUGCUCCAGCUGGAGUGCUUUAUGCAGAGCUCCCUGCUGCGUCUGUGUGAAGGCAAGGGCUGUCAGAGCCAGGAGCAUCAGGAGGUGGCCCUUGAGGCCCUCCUGGACUUCUGCGGCUACCCCGGCUUCCUGCAUGACAUGUACCUAAAUUUGGAUUGUCGUGUGGAGCGCUCCAAUCUCUUUGAGGACAUCUGCUCCCUGCUGUCAAAGACGGCCUUCCCUGUGAAGUCCUCCCUGGGGGCCAUCCACAUGAUCUCUCUGGAGGGACUUCUUGCGAUGCUGUACUCCCUCUCAGCACAGUGCUGCACGGAUGGUACAACAGCACAGCUGCCGCCCGAGCCUAAAGCGGAGCUGCCACACUACAUAGACAUAUGGGGCAACCUGUUGGAGGGGCGGUCCCCUGGGUUGGAAGUGUUUGCCAAUGAGGUUAGCACCAGCGGACGGGAGCACCUGGACACCAUGGUCCAGCUCAUUCGGCUGGAGAAGGCAAUAAAGCGGCGGGUGUCUGUCGCUGCAGACCAUUUCAACAAGGACUUCAAGAAGGGGUUCCAAUACAUGCAGGCAAUGAAGCUCCUGCCAGACAAGGAGGACUGCACUGCCAUAGCGCAUUUCCUGCGAGUAUGCCAGAAUUUGGACAAGACCAUGAUUGGGGAGCUGCUGGGUGAGAGUGGCGAGCUCUACAAGCAAGUGCUUCAGGAAUUUGCACAGUCGUUCAGGUUUCAGGAUGUGCCCUUCGACCUGGCCCUCCGGAUGUUCCUUGACACGUUCAAAGUUGGCGGGGAAGCGCAGAAGAUUGACAGGGCGAUGGAAAACUUUGGGAAAGUGUAUUACAAGACGCAGGUCAAUGGACUGAUGGCGAGCUCUGAUGCUGCAUUCACCCUGGCGUUCUCCAUAAUUAUGCUCAACACUGAUCUGCACAGCAGUGGCGUGAAGAAAAAGAUGACUAUGGAGGAGUUUGUGCGGAACAACAGGGGCAUCAACGACAACGAGAACUUUCCCAGGGAGUUCCUGGAGAGCCUGUACAGGUCGAUCAGCCAGAACCCGAUCAGGCUGCAGGACACAUCGGCUGGCGAGGUGCCAAUCGUGCGGUGGCUGGUGCUAGAUCAGCAGAGCGAGACUGAGAGGGGAAGGAUGCUUCGCACCAACGACAGGGAGCUGAAAGGGGGCCAUGCACUGGACAGGGACAUGUUCAGCCUCAUCUGGGGACCCACGGUGGCUGCAGUGUCUGUAGUCCUGGAUCAGGCAGAAGACAUCACCACGGUCCAGACUGCUUUAACCGGGCUGAAGCUGGCAGCAAAGAUCGCAUCUUACUAUCGUGUGGACGAGGUCAUAGACAGCCUGGUCGUCACCUUGUGCAAGUUCACCAUGCAACUGGCCCCUGGUGCCAGCAAGCCCCUCAUCAACUUUGGCAACAACACCAAGGCGCAAGUGGCCAUGGAGACCGUCUUCUUCGUGGCCAGCAGAUAUGGAGACAGCUUGAGGGCAGCAGGCUGGCGCAGCAUAAUGGACCUGGUCGUGCGCCUGUACCGCCUAGGCCUCCUUCCCAACACAUUCUGGCAGGAGACUAAUGGCUUGUCUGAGGAUGAAGAUGGAGUGCGUGAACGAGAACUGCUAAAAUUGGCCUCCGACUCAGAUCUGAGCAGCUAUGCAACAAGCAGCCUAUCACGCCUGUUCAUGUCAGGCGGGGCUGAAAAGCAGCUGACCAGGGAAGAGCAAGAGGCACAAGAGCGCACGGUGCAGUGCAUCGAGCACUGCAGGAUUGAUGAGCUCUUUCUUGACACCAAGUUCCUCCAACCAGAGCCACUGCUGGAGCUAGUCCGGGCAGUCACAUGGGCAUCAGGGUGGUCUCCACGCCAUACCAACGAUGAAAAGACAUCCGUGGUGUGCCUAGAACUUAUGUUCUCGGUCACCAUCCGCAAUCGCGACCGCAUCAACAAGCUGUGGCCUCUGGUCCAUGACCACCUGAAGUCAGUAAUCAUCCCCUCAGACAGGCCAAUAUCCAAAAUGCUGGUCGAGGUGGGGGUCCUUGGGCUGCUCCGCGUGUGCCAACGGAUCCUGGUGUACAAGCCAGAGGUGGCAGACCUACUGCUGACCAGCCUCCAGUUUGUGCGAAACUUGGAUGCGGAUAUGAUAAGGGACAUGGCUGAAAAGGUGGCCACAGAGGUGCUGGCGCUCAUCAAGGGGGCUGCCUCUUUCAUUCAUCAGGGAUGGGCAUGGAGCACCAUAUGCCUGCUCAUUUGCCUGACAGCAGCAUCGCCACCUGCAUUCAAGACAUCGCUGGAUGCCUUUGUGCACAUUGUGAAAGAUGGUGCACACCUCACCCCUGUCAACUUCUCAGACUGUCUUUCGACGGCCCGUUCGUUCGUUGAGCGCACAGCAACCUACCAGCCUGACAAGGCCAUCCAGGUUCUCGACCUGAUGGGGGACAUGGUGGUGUGGUUGCCAACUUGGAAGCCCUCGCAGGGCGAGAGGCGUUUGGGAUAUCCAGCACCCCCAGAGAAGGGCUUGGAUCGUGCCCAGUGCUGGUCAGACAUCAUCAAGGCCCUUUGCAGCUUCUCAAGCCAAGAAUCAGCGCCACAGGCGCUCAUUACUCGAGAGAAGGCAUGGGAUGUGGAGGAGAAUUUUCAGACGGUCAAGCUGUCUGUUAAGACGCUGUCCAGGACGUUCCUGCAGUUUUUGCACUUGCUGCAGAAGCUGCCAACAUUCUCUACGAUCUGGUUGGAGAUGUUGACAGUGCUUCAGAAAAGCUGCUAUCGGCACAAUGAACUCGCUGAGUCGGUGCCUGAGGACGUGAAGAACAUGCUGCUGGUAAUGGCCAAGGAGGGCGUGCUGACACAGGAGUGGCAAGACGCCAAGGGGAAGAAUUUGUGGGAAGCCACGUGGCGGGAAGCGCAGCGAAUUUCGUACGCCCUGACGCCGAAAAUUCUCGCCGGCUGA